AUGAAGAUAUGGACGGUUGGAAAGUUUGAACUUAAUCAAUGGACGUUGAGAUUUCUUACUGCCAUACUUACAACUAGUGGAGUGAUUGUGUAUAUGCUGUGCUGCUCACAUGAUGAUGAGGGAUAUGGGGUGCACAUGGUGGGGACGGAGCUGCAGACUAGCACGUACAUUUAUGCGUCUGAUGAAGGCAAGAGGAGUUUGAUAGCGAACAAGGAUGAUCUUGAUGGGACUUACUUUAGUUUAGUGCUUGUGAAUUUUGACAGGAACAAGGUGGUUAUGGUGGUGAAUGGGACGAAGCUGAAGACGAUUGAAAGCAGCAAUUAUGUGAAGAAGAUAGUUGAGCUUGUUGGGAACGAUACGACGCAGUUCAUGUUUCUGUUUUUGUCGUACCUGAUUGGAUCGAUGUAUUUCCCUGUGGGAAGUAUCAAUUUUGUGAUGAAUUCUGAGGGGAUAUGGUAUAACGGGGUGCAUCAUGAGAGCCACCCGUUUGUAUUCAGGAGGAUAUGCACGAUGCUGAUAAGGGACAUCAAAUAA